UCCUCAGUGCUGUGUUAAUAUGAAUGAUAUAGUUUAUUACACAGUUUAUUAAAUGUCUCCUCAGUGUUGCUGCUGCACUCAUCCAUCUCCUUCAUGUAACUGGUGCAGUGUUUGUUGGGCGGGGCUCUCCAGCUCCAUAUAAGCAGGAGCAGGUCUGUGGGUGGAGGGAGAAUCUCCUGUGGCCCUGCUGAGACCCUCUGCUCCUCCUGCUCCUCCAGAUCUUCUAGCUCCUCCAGCUCCUCCUGCACCUCCUCCUCCUCCUCCUCCAUGGACCGCUCCGGGACUCUCCGCUGGCUGCUCCUCUUCCUCUUCUUCAGCCUCAUGUGCAUCAUGUGUCGCGGUGAGGCGUCUCAGGAAGUGUCGGUGGAGGAUUUGGAGAAACCUGAAGCAGCUGCAGACAGAGACCUGGUGGAAGCUCUGGAGACGCUGCUGGGACGGAUGCACGCUCGACUCUCCUCCACAGAGAAACGAGGGAUCAUCCCUCUGUGCGGGAUGGGAGACCGGUGUGCGAUGAGGUUUGGGCCUCGCAUCGGGAAACUGUGCGACUGUGGCCGAGGAGCGAACUGUAACUCCUACCUGCUCAAGUGCAUCUGAACCUCUUCAUCCUCCACACGCCAUCUGCAGGAGGACCUGAGGCUCCUCAUGUGACGUCCCUGAUGAUGAUGCAUGUUAAUGUUUCAUGUUCAAUAAACUGAUUGUCAACACAACUAUUUGUUCUUUAUUAACUCCCAGUUUACUCCCAGUUGAUCAGGGCUAUGUUGUGUGUUAAAUUAGAGGGACAUGAUUUUAUUAAAAUGUGCUCCUAUAUGAAUGAACCCAUGACCCAACAUGUCGACUGGAGGUGUUUCG